AUGAAAAGAUGGCUGGAGAAGAUCACAUCGCCGCUGAAGCCACAAGAACCAUCCAGCGACUGGGUCAGAGAUGAACUCUACUCGGGCACUCGUGAGUCUUGCCGCCUGAAUCUGAAUUUGAAUCUUACCGUUUCAGCGACGGCAGUCUCCAGAGCCCGAUGGUCUUCCGCCUACGCAUCGGAUCCAACCGAAUGGGAACGACUUUUCGAGACGAAAUGGAGUAUUGUGAACAAUAUUCUGGAGAGGAAGCUCGGCGACCCGGAGCACAAAGUGGUCUACGACGAAUUGAUGGCUCUUCUGGAGAACAUGACGAACAUGUGCACACUUUUGAUGCUCGAGGCUAACUCCCAACCUGAGCCUAUUAUCGGCCCGAUUCUGGACAAGUUCUUCACUGAGCAAAUACUGGAAAGAGUGCUGGAUUGGGCGAUCCAGCUGACGGACUCCUUGAAGUCGAUCUGUCAACUCGCGAUCAUUCGGAUCUUCGAGAUGAUCGUGUCGGACUCUCACUCACAAAAUCACUGUCUUCUCGUUCACAAACCCAUUCUGAAUCCGCUUUUCCGACUUUGCGAAUGGUUCCAAAGGGCGGACGUUUACUGGAGAGUCUCUAAAUCGGAAAAUAAGAAGACGUCAGAAGCCGAGAAGAUGUUCGUCCUUCUCCUGAAUCAGAUUUGCACGAAGCUUGUCGAGGAUCGUACUCUUCUCCACUUCUUUUUUCACUCAAACCAAUUCGUCGUUUUCACUGAACUCAUUCCCUUUUUGUACUCGUCAGGGGACACUGGACAGCUGGCAAGAGACGCCGUUCUUCUGAUCCUCUCCGUUUCGGCAGAAGACAAGAGCAUCGCGGAGUACGUGACAGAAAGGACGUCCUUCUGUCAAGUUCUCACAACCGGAUUGUCCGCUUGCUUUUCCCAGCUGCCACGUCGGAUUCUGGGAGACGGAGGAGAGCGGUUAGUCGAGGAUUCGUAUCGAGAAUUCCUCGCCGACUAUCACUCAGCUCUCCUUUUUUGUAACGCCAUCGCCCAAAUGGCCCAUUCGGAAGUUGUCGAAAAUAUUGCAUCCUUCUUCUACACUGGAUUCCUGACUAACGUGAUCAAGCCGGCGUUCUUGCAGAAUGAUCGGGAGUACAUCGGUGCGAGCAUGGUUUAUCUGCAGGUGACCUUUUCUCGACGAUCAGGAAUUAAAUGUUCGUUUCAGAUGUGCAUUGAAACCAUCGUCGAACCAGUUCUGGUAAGAUCCAUUGUGCAGAUGAUACUGACUGAGAGAGACGACAACGGAACACUCUUUUUCGAGAUAGUGAUUUCAUAUGUGAAGGGAGGCGAUAAGGUAUUUAAGAAUAGGGGCCACAAAGUGGAGGGGGCGGGGCGUCGAAAUUUUUCAGUGGAUUUCAUUUUUCCGUCUUUCUGACUAGGGAAUGGCCUGCACUUACCUUGGGCUUUUGGAAUGGGACCUAUAUGAUUCGAAAGAGAAUUUCACGGAGAAUCCGAAUCUGCUCUCCAUUUUUGCUAAAGAGCACUGGCUGGCGAGAAAAUCGCAUCUGAAAUUCCAGUGCUAAAUUCAUUUUUUAACAUGUAAUCUGCAGUUUGGUGCAGAGGGUGUGGGCGCCCGAGCGACUGUUGUUGUCACUCGCCCAGUUUCAGUGCUUCCGCAGCAGCUGGAUGGUCGAAUGGUUAGUGAGUUAGAGUUGUGAGUGGUAGGUAUGGGGUUCGUGUCCGCGCUAUGGAAAAGUUUUUGGCAAUCUUUUGCUCUUUUUUUUCGAACAAUUUCUGGAUAUCACUUUUGCAUUUUUUCGUCAUUAUUUUUUUAACGAGUCGUAACUACUGACCCUUCAAAGUACCGAAAAAUGAAUCUCAUCGCUCUGACCCCAGUACUCACUUUUUUCUGCCUGUUUCUGCCUCAUUUUCUAGCAAGUUCAUCUUCGGCGACCUGUAUCUCAAGAACCACGCGUCCGUUGCAGAAGUGGUCAACUAGUAAGUUAACGCAAAUUAUCUCGUGAAUAACUUUGUAGUUGAUCGUCUAUUUUUAAAAAAAUUAGUUUUCGAGUUAUCGUCGCUCUGACCCCAGCGCUAACUUUUUUCUUGUCGCUCUAGGAAAACAGUUCAUAACUCGAAAACUAAUUUUUUAAAAAAUAGACGAUCAACUACAAAGUUAUUCACGAGAUAAUUUGCGUUAACUUACUAGUUGACCACUUUUGCAACGGACGCGUGGUUCUUGAGAUACAGGUCGCCGAAGAUGAACUUGCUAGAAAAAUGAGGCAGAAACAGGCAGAAAAAAAGUGAGUACUGGGGUCAGAGCGAUGAGAUUCAUUUUUUUCGGUACUUUGAAGGGUCAGUAGUUACGACUCGUUAAAAAAAUAAUGACGAAAAAAAUGCAAAAAGUGAUAUCCAGAAAUUGUUCGAAAAAAAGAGCAAAAAGAUUGCCAAAAAAACUUUUUCCAUAGCGCGGACACGAACCCCAUACCUACCACUCACAACUCUAACUCACUAACCAUUCGACCAUCCAGCUGCUGCGGAAGCACUGAAACUGGGCGAGUGACAACAACAGUCGCUCGGGCGCCCACACCCUCUGCACCAAACUGCAGAUUACAUGUUAAAAAAUGAAUUUAGCACUGGAAUUUCAGAUGCGAUUUUCUCGCCAGCCAGUGCUCUUUAGCAAAAAUGGAGAGCAGAUUCGGAUUCUCCGUGAAAUUCUCUUUCGAAUCAUAUAGGUCCCAUUCCAAAAGCCCAAGGUAAGUGCAGGCCAUUCCCUAGUGAGCCUGUAGCGCGGACUCAGAAUGAUAAAUGAUUGUACUAACAACAUUACUUUGUGUAAUCAACCACGUAGAAUCCAUUGGUCAAGUCAGUUUGAGCCUAACUGUCAUGGUUUUUGCGAACAAGCGCGAAAACAGCAAAAUGUUCGGACAGUGUCAGUUCGAGGAACUUUUUGGGGUCAAUAUAAGUCCGGCACCGGGGUUCCCAAUAUGCAUUCCGAUAGUUCUUGACAUGCUGAAUCCGUUUUUGAAGUCAGAAUUGAAGAUUUACUUGGCGAAACAUCAAUUUCAGACAGUUCAAUUGCCACUUAAAACUGAAAACAAUUUUCAGCGGUGACCCCCGAUUUUUAUUUUCGGAAUGUGUUAAGAAACUCGUAUAGUAUCCCUGUACAAAAUUUCAGAUCAUUUGGACACCUAUAAGAUACUUUUUAACUUCGUCAAACAUACCGUGUUCGCCCGAAAAAUCAGUUUUUUGGAGUUUUCGGGUUGACACUGGUCCGGCACCGGAAUUUUUGACGGCAGAAUCGGAUUCAGCACAAAAAAACUACACCAGAUUUCUUUUUAGGGAACAUCCGUUUUUACUUGGCGAAAUGUCACAAAUUACAGUUUCCUGCGCAUUUUCAGUAACUUUUUCAUGCUAGAAAGUGACUGCGAACACCGCGCACAUCAACUGAACGGAGCGGCGGCCGCGCUCGCGCCCGGGUGGUAAAGUGGCAAGUGCUGAAAGCACUAAUCGAGAGGUCGCGGGUUCGAACCCACUUCCAAAAUUUUUCGUUGUUUACUUUUGGAUUCGAUAAAGACAACAUUUUUACUGAAAAAAAGUUAAUUUUUGUGAUAAAACUGUCCGCGCUCUCCAUUUUGUUCCCCGAGUGGGAGCGCGCCGCCGCCACCAAAUAGACUCCGCCCCUUUCGCUCACUGAAUUUUCAGUGCAAACGCGCAAACUAAAAACGUUCAUAACUCGAGAAGUACCGAACAUUUUUCAAAAAAAAAUUGGGAAUGUACUAUUUUUAAGCACUAGAACACAUUCCGAUAAGUGUUUUCCCGAAAUUCACAAGUUUGUUAAUCACUUUGUGGCCCCUAUUUAAGAAGCGUAUUUUCCUUCCAAUCACAGUGUUUCAGACAUCUGUAACAGCCCUUUCGCUCAUCGAUGCUCUUCUGAAGUUGGCUUGCGAAGACGUCAUGCUCGCUCUCGUCUUCCGUCCCCUUCUCACAAACCAUUCAGCCACCAAGAAGCAGUUAUCGAUCGUCUACAAGGCUUCUCGGGGCGGAACCCUAUCUCAAACUUUCCUGAAUUGCAUUCCAUUGUGCAUGCACAAGCAUCAAGAGGUACAAAAUCGUUUCACUCUUUUCCGAAGCGUUGUUCAUCCCGAAAAGAGUUCCAGGUGGCGUCACUUUCCUUGCUCAGUUCGUACAUGUACUCGACACGCAUUCGGAUGGACGCCCGCGCCGAUCAAUGUCGCGGAUGGAAGUGGAAGUACGACGGAAUGACGGCCGGCAGCUUCUGUCUUCCCGCCGAAUCAGACGAUGAUGCCACGUGUCAUGUGGUGAGGGGUUACUGUGAAUGUGAAUUUAUAUUACUUGUUCACUUUUCAGUCUUUUUCUCGAAUGUCCUCGAACCGAUCGUCGGUUUCGAUGACUCCAAGAUACUCAAGAGGAUCACAUCCGUCUCAUAUUUUCAAUAUCAGUACGAGCCGGUUUUCGGUUCAAUAGUUCAUUUCCGUUUUAUAGACAAAGCUGGACCGCUCGGACCAAAACCGACUGCCGAUUUUGAAGAUGUUGAAGACGAUCUGGAGGAAGACGAAGACUUUAUCCUGCCGCCCAUUGAGACAGAAGAUGAAAUGACUUCUUCGAAAGUGAUGACCCAGUCGACCAUGGACUACAUGCACAUUUCUGGGCUCGACGGUUCCGAAUCGGACGAUGCUCUUCCAGUUCGUGUGGAGGAGCAGAGCGAAACAGACACAGACGUCCCAAAGAGCAGUUUUGUGCUCUCUGGGUGGAGGGACGUGCAGGAUAUGGACACCUUUAAGCAACUGCUCUCGAAGCAAGAAAUAAAAGGAGAACAGCUUCCGACCAAUGAAAUUGUUGACUUUAUCAACAAGAAAUACGAUUCACUGAAACUUGGUGAAAGCGAAACAGUUGAAGAGGAGAAAGAGGAGCCGAAGAAAGAAGAACCGACGGAGCAUAUUGUUGUGGACGGCUUUUCCAUCUACAAUUUUCCGGAGAGGUCAAAGCUUCUGCAGACGAUACUUGAAGGAGUGGAGACGUUGUGCGAGAACGAGCUGCCGUUCAACACGGAACUCAUUUCUCUGAUCGCCGAUCUCGCCACCUAUCCGCAACCACUUCUCGCCUAUUAUCUGUUCGAUCCGAAGGAGGACGACUCCGAGAAGCAUUUGCUUCAGAUUCUGCAAAGUGUGCAAACGCGGAUAGAUGUAAUGGCCGAGGGAAUUGAAGCAUUCGACACGUGGAUUGAGAAUGGACUGAAAACCCUCGAAGCGCGUGCUUCUAGAAUACGGAACCAGUCGGCGACGUCACCGUGAGUUUCAGUUCACGUCAAACUCGAACUUUAAAGUUAUUUAUCUCAGACGAACAUCCGAAGAGCAUGAUCCCACACUGUUUUACGGACGGAGCACGAUGCCCCCGCCGGGAAGAAAACUGCUGUAAGUCACGAGGAACUGUUUUGACUGGCUGUUCGAAUGAUCACUCAAAACACGGGUCGUCAACAAACAGACCCAGUUAUCAGCUUGGAGAAAACGUGGCUUAGAUGAGCAGAGAUCAGAGCGCACUUCCCAUUGAUCGAAUAAUUCUGUGAUUGAUAACCUAUCUCUUUUUGAUACAUUUUUCGGCACUUAUCAGAAUAAGAAAAGCGCGAAACAAUCAUUAAUUUACUUGAGAUCAUUGAACAGUUUCCCGAAUCGCUUAGUCCUUUUUCAGAAGUGCUUUUUCGAAUUAAAGCCUGUCCUUGACAACUCAUUUUGAUCUACAGCCUUACGAUUUUAAAGACAAAUUGAGAAAAAAACGUGAUUCUUAUCGUUUGGAGAGUGGUGUCACACGGCCAUUUUGUAUGUGUCUGUCUCCCUUUAAACACGUGGUAAACUGUAUCGUUUCCACUUUAGUCUGUCUGGCGAAAUGAAAAGUUUGAAGAAAGCUUGAGUACGCGCUGACAAGGGUUUAUAGUUUCACUGAUUCCAUUUUUAGUUAAGCCCCUGCCAGGAAGGACAUAAAUUAGUGUGGAACAGUCUCAUAUCCUCACUCCAAAUCUAUGCUUCCCUCUUUGGUGGUUUGAUUUUCUGACCUCAUCCCUCGGGUUUCUUCUUCCUUUCCACCACCUGACACCCACACAUUUCAGAAUCCGCGAGCCGUCCCGCCAGGAGACAAUCGAAGACCAGACCGCUCGUCGGACCGCCCUUGCAGCCAUCCUGCUUGCACAUCUCUGCCAAAUGCUCGCUGCCAUUGUGCUGCAGCAAGCGCUCAUCAUCUGA